UUUUAGAGGGUGGUGGCAAGUUGCAUUGGAGACUUCAAGGCGGAGGUGGCUAAAGGGCGAUCUGUCACGACAAGUUUACAAAUUUACCUGUUUUCAAGGGACAAACACCCCAGGGGAAAGGCUAUUCCAAUAACCAACGUGGCAGAAGUAGAAUUCGGAAAUGGAUGGAAUGUAUGGAUGGGGACAGCCCCCUUUGAACCAAGGGAAUUCUUUCAUAGAGAUCAUUGAGCAGCCCAAGCCGAGAGGCAUGAGGUUCAGGUACAAGUGUGAGGGGCGCUCGGCGGGCAGCAUCCCGGGAGAGAAGAGCAACGAUACCACCAAGACACACCCCGCCAUCAAGGUGCACAACUACAAUGGUCCCCUGCGUGUCCGUGUCUCCUUGGUGACCAAGAACCCGCCUCACAAGCCCCACCCGCACGAGCUGGUGGGGAAAGACUGCAAACAUGGCUACUAUGAGGCAGACUUGCAGGAGAGACGAGUACACAGGUCAGACUGUGUUUUUCAGAACCUGGGCAUUCAGUGUGUGAAGAAAAAGGAUGUGAAUGAAGCAGUUUCCUGUAGACUGCAGACCCAAAACAACCCCUUCAACAUUCCCGAGGCAAAGGUGUGGGAGGAGGAGUUUGACCUGAAUGCAGUGAGGCUUUGUUUCCAGGCCUCGAUCACUCUACCUACCGGUGAACUUCACCCUCUGGAGCCCGUGGUGUCUCAGCCCAUCUACGACAAUAGAGCACCCAACACAGCAGAAUUGAAGAUCUGUCGAGUGAACAGAAACUCUGGGAGCUGCAGAGGAGGGGACGAGAUCUUCUUACUCUGUGACAAAGUGCAAAAAGAGGACAUCGAGGUGCGGUUCUUCCAGGACUCGUGGGAGGGAAAGGGCACCUUCUCCCAGGCAGACGUGCACAGGCAGGUGGCCAUCGUGUUCCGUACCCCGCCCUUCUACGACACCAACCUGACCGAGCCAAUCAAAGUGAAGAUGCAGCUUCGCAGACCCUCGGACCGCGAGGUCAGCGAGCCAAUGGACUUCCAAUUCCUGCCCUCCGACCCAGAUGAAUAUAGACUGAUAGAGAAGCGAAAACGGACAGAGGGAAUGUUCCAGAAUCUGAAGCUGGGGUCCAUAUCAGUGGCCAUGCCAGCAGAGAGGCCUUUCAACACUGCCAGAAGAACAGUCGCCGCCAAGCCAGCAGCUAGCCAGCCUGUGAACCCAGUGGCGCCCCCUCGUGCCGCCUCUGUGAAGCCCCAGCCCUACUAUGAUAGCCCCCAGCCUGGCCAGCUGUUCCGAACCCAGCCCAAAGCAGAGCCCUCCUCCUCCACUCCAGCAGAGACCUGGAAGUUCCUCAACAGCCUGACCUUGGACUCCCAACACAAAGCCACCCCCGUGGCCCGAUUCACCAACCCCCAGGCAUCUGCAGCCACCUCACAGGCCUUCCCCACCGUCAACCUGUCGGACCUCCACGGCUUCACCUUCUCCACCUUCGCUAGUCCCCAGGAGCCAGUGAGCGCAGCCGCUACCCCAGAGCCCACCUCUACCUUCGGGGUCCAGGAUUCCCAGUUCAGGGUGGAUGGCCCCAUGGUGGAUGAGGAGCUACCAGAGUUCCCCAGCUUCUCUGAGGUCCACCAGUCAGGGACACUAGAUAACAUAAACAUCGACGACUUCCAGGCUAUGCUGGUCCAGAGUGGUCUGGCUGGAGAGGGGCCAGGGAACAGUAGGGUGUCGGUCUCUCAGGCACCCUGCCACUUACCUGCCACCAACCCUGUGGUCAACAACAGCUGUGGCGGCAGCACCUGGAUGAACUACCCCAACAGCAUCGUGAACCUGCUCCAGAGCGAGGGCAUGAUCGACAGUUCUCCUGGCAACUCCAGCCAGCCGGCCGUCCUCGACGACCUGGACGUCUUCAGCUCCAUGGACGAAGACCGUCUCAUGUCCAUCCUGAACAGUGGCAACCAGGCCGGUUUCGUGUCCGGACAUCAGACUUAGAGACCUCUCUGAUUUUACAGAUAUUUUUACUGCAAUACUACGUUUCUGUCCUCUUGCCUUUUGGAGACCCAGCUCCCUUCCAACCAAACUUCCCUUGUACUUGUUAUUCUAAUGGACUACAAAGAAAAUACAUUUGGCUGGCUGAUCGAGAAUCAGAUGGUGCUGUUUGCGCUCUUCUCUAUGUGGAUUGUGGACAUGUUAAUUGGGACAGCUGCAGAAACCUGCCUGUACUCGAUGAACAGAGUGAAUAUGAGAGAGGGCUAUAGGGAACCCCUGGUGACUGCCAGUUUGUAGGCAAUCACGAGACCCAAGGAUUUGUCUAUUUUUGUCAACCCCUAAAGAUGCACCUCCACUGGGUUGUGUAUAAACCCAGGCAUGUAUCUAGUCUCCAAAGGCAGUGGUAUUAACUGCUGGUCCCUAAGAACUUCACGGUUUGAAAUGUGUCUUCUUGAAUCAUUGUCAAUGUAUGGACUGGCAAGUCCAGGUCCCGGUUUCCCGAUAGCAAUGGAACUUAGGCUGACGAUGUUUUUAACACUGCAUCUUUCCUACAACGCCUGAAGAUGUAACAUACAGAGUAUACAAAACAUUAAGGACACCUGCUCUUUCCAUUACAUAGCCCAGGGAUAUUCAACUCUUACCCUACGAGGUCCAGAGCCUGCUGGAUUUCCUGUUCUACCUGAUAAUAAUUGCACACACCUGGUGUCCCAGGUCUAAAUCUCUCCCUGGUUAGAGGGGAACAAUGGAAAAAAUGCAGUGGCACUGUCUUUGAGGUCCAGAGUUGACCGGGUGAAUGCUAUGAUCCCUUAUUGAGGUCACUUGUUAAAUCUACUUCAAUCAGUGUAUGAAAGGGACAGGUUAAAGAAGGAUUUAUAAGCCUUGGGACAUGGAUUGUGUGUGUGUCAGAGGGUGAAUGAGCAAGACAAGAUUUCAGUGCCUUUGAACGGGGUAUGGUAGGUGCCAGACGCACCGGUUUGUGUCAAGAACUGCAACGCGGCUAGGUUUUUCACAAGUUUCCCGUUUGUAUCAAGAAUGGUCCACCACCCAAAUAAAAUCCAGCCAACUUGUGCUGUCAAGUUGGAGACGUGCCAGGAUCCCUGUGGAACGCUUUCGACACCUUGUAGUCGUGGUUGUUCUCCAAAUAAGAAUCAAAAUGAUUGCUCUGUCAUCAUCUAUUAUAUUGUGCUUGUUUGUGUGCUAUAUGUUUUGUUGGACUCGAAGAAUGUCAGAAGAUUGAUUUUUUACCAGAAAUCGGGUCAUAAUAUUAACCUUGGCGUUCACAGCUUGUCAUUUAGAACUUUAACAUUUGUAUGUGAAAGGGAAAAUAUUUCUCAAAAAGGGAAUAAGUUUUGCAAACACAAAAUAAGUUCCCAGUUUAGUUACCCAAUCUAACAACCAAUGAAAAUCCUUAAAAUGGUUGGUCGUCAAACUCAUCCCACGGAGGGCCAAGUGGCUGCAGGUUUUCGCUCCUCCCAUGUACUUGAUUGAUGAAUUAAGGUCACUAAUUAGUAAGGAACUCCCCUCACCCGAUUGUCGAGGUCUUAAUUGAAAGGGGGAAAAAACCUGCAGGCCCUCCGUGAAAUGACUGACAUCCGAUAUAUUUAUAGAUGAGUGAGGCAGAUGUCUAUGCAUUACAACCAUUCAAAAUUUAAAUUGGAAGUGUAUUACUAGCCUAUAGUGUAAUAUCACUGUACUAUAAAGCAAGACAAGAAUACAUUGAAAUGACAAUGUGCUUACGCUUUAGAUCACGUGUCAAACUCAUUCCACGGAGGGCCGAGUGUCUGCGGGUUUUCGCUCCUCCCUUGUACUUGAUUGAUGAAUUAAGGUUACUGAUUAGUAAGGCACUGCACUCACCUGGUUGUCUAGGGCUUCAUUUAAAGGAAAAGCCCGCAGCCCUCAAUGGAAUGAGUGACACCCCUGCCUUAGGUGAUAUGCGCGGUAUAGUACUCACCUUGGUGACAUAUCUCAAAUGUUAUGUACAGUUUUACCAUGUUAACAUUAACUUGUCACUGUAAUUUUCAAUACAUCUUUGGAAAAGGAAGGAUAUUGUUUAUAGAUGUCAGAAAUGUAGCAGAUGCACUGAUAUGCUUAGUAAAAAAAGAUUUGUUAGUUGAGUCGGUAUCUCAAAUAUCAUUUCCGCCCGUCAAUUAUGCUCAUUCACAGUGUAGUUUGCUUUUAGGCCAGUGUGAUACUAUUACAUUUUGCGGUAUGGUAUAUGAACUUCGGCUGCAGUUCAUUUUACGUAAAAUAAAACAUGUUUAAUUAAA